AUGAAUAAUAUAAAAUUUCCAAAUUAUUUACAACUUAAAAUUUUAGAUUAUUGUUGGAAUGAUUUAAAUAAAUAUAGAAUUAAAAAAAAAGAAAAAUAUUUAGAUUGCAAAAUAAAAUGGAAGCUAUAUUUAAUUUUAGUGAAUUGGUUAUGGUUCAAACAUGCAAGAGAUAACCUGGUUAGAAGCUAUUCAUUCGAGUAUCAAAUAUUGGAUGUUUACAAGAAAUAUUUCACAAAUAGAUUUUCAAUUCAAAGCGGGAUACCUGUGAACCUAAGAAUUUCAACACAAAACAUAUCUACAUUUUUAAACCAUUACUACGAAUUCAAUGGGAAAGAAGGCGUACGGCUAUUUUUUUCAGAGUUAAAAGAAUUAGAAGUUUUGGUUAAUUGCGAUUUGGAUUUUAAUGACUAUGAUAUUUUGUUUUCAAAUAUAACUAAUUUAGAAACCCUCUCCAUAGUAUUCAGAGAAAAACUGCACUUUGUUUAUCCAUUAGAUUUUGAAUUCUAUUUAAACUCCUACACAAUUUUCACUUAUUUAUUAAAAAACAGUCUUAUAGAAUCAUUAAGUUUAGAUUUAACAGAUAGAGAAACUUUGACAGUGGGUGGCAAUGACAAUAACUUAUAUGCAGAUUUGGUUAAUGUGUAUUUAAAAUAUGCCCAUAAUCUCAGACAUUUAAAAUUAAGAAUUCAUCACCUUCAAAAAUACCAAAACACCACAGUUUUCAAAUUAAUUCAGUUUCUGUUUACCUCCUCUAGCCACAAUAUUCAAACCCUAGACUGUAACAUAUCAAUGAAUCUCCCAUUACCUUUUAAACUAUCAUCUUCCAUCACUGAUAUUAAAGGUUUAAUUUUUAACAAUUGUUCCGCUGUUCAAGAUAUCAAAGAGCCACUAGAACUUUUAAACAACUCAUGUAGUAGCUUACUUAUUCCAAAAAACAAAUAUCCAAACCCAGUUAUCGAAUAUUUACUCUUAAAUUCAAAAUCGCAACAUAUCACAAUUGAUUUUAGUUUGUAUGGUAUCGAACAAUUAAAAGCUUUAAAAAAAAAUAACUCUGUCAAAUUUUUAAAUAUAGUAGGUUUAAAAUUGGAAAAAUAUCAACUUUAUUUGGACCAGAUAUUACUCUUUAUAAAGAAACAAGACUCGAUCAUUCUAACCACAAUUUCUAUGGAUCGUAAACACACCGAAAAUUGGUCAUUAAUUAGGGCAUGGCUAUUAAUAGAAUCAUCAACAAAUAAAACUUUUUCAAACACUUUAUUAGUUUGUUACCUUAAAAAUACCAAUACCCCAAUGUUGGCAUUAGAUAAAGAACUUGGUUAUACUGAAAGAGAAAAUAUUAAAUUAUAUAUGAAACUGAAAGAGAGAGAAUUAAUCUAA